UCCGGCCGCUUGGGCCGGCCCGGGACUCAUCGAGGGCAUAAAUAGCAGUGGGAGGUGGCCCAGCCCUCUGUGCUGCUGGGGAAGAGAUGGAGCCACGUUCGCUGGUGGCAUCUGGAGCCUUGCGGGCCGAGGCAGGCGGUGUGAGACCCCUGUGCAGGAAUUUUGCCCGUGGAUCCUGUCGGUGGGGCCAGAGCUGCCGCUUCUCACAUGACAGAAAAUCAGCCCAGGUCUGCAGGUACUUCCAGCGUGGGAUUUGCCGUUACGGAGAGCAGUGCAGCUACCAGCACAUCCAGGAGGAGCCAGCCCCAGUAGCGACCCGAUCUGGUCUGAUGUCCCGGCACCACGGGGGCCAGGAGCCUGGCACUGAGCCCACAGCCGUGGACCAGGACCAGGGGGGAGCCCAGGGCACCUCUGUGCACCCUGCCCACAGCACGGCGUGUGUGACCGCCCAGUUCUUCCAGCGGGAGGAAAAAGCAGAAGAGAAAGACAAGAAGAACAUCCCAGCACUCGGUAACAUCCCCAUUGGGGCCGUCAGUGGACAAUUUGUCCCCACAAAAGCUCAGGGCGCCUCAGGCUUCCAGCCACAAGGGCCAGCACUGGAUCCAGGCUCCUCUGAUCCCAAAGAGGCAGUUUUGGAGAAGGCGACACAGACUGACCCUGCAAAGGCCCCUGCAGAGCCGGCUGCUGCGGCAGCCCAGGUCACCACGGCGGCGCUGAGAGCCCGGAGCGAGGCCGUGGUGUGCGGCAUCUGCAUGGACAGGGUGUACGAGAAGGCGCUGCCGGAGGAGCGGCUCUUCGGGAUCCUCCCCAACUGCAGCCACGCGUACUGCCUGGGCUGCAUCCGCAAGUGGCGCCGCAGCCGCGACUUCCAGAGCGCCGUCAUAAAGGCCUGCCCAGAGUGCCGGAUCACCUCCAGUUACUACAUCCCCCACAAAUACUGGAUCUCAGAUGUGGGUGAGAAGGAGAAGCUCAUCAAAACCUUCAAGGCACGGACAGGGAAAAUCAGGUGCAAGUUUUUCAUCCACGGCUACUGCCCUUUCAGAUCAGAGUGCAUCUACCUGCACGAGCUGCCUGCCCAGCGGCUGCGGCGGCGCAGACGGCAGCGGCCGAGGAUGCCCGCUGUGUUCAUCCCUUCUUCCUCGGACAGCUCUGACGAGGAGGAUGAGGAGUCGCGCACGCUCGAGUGGGCUCUUGCCCUGGCCAUGCUGGAGGGAGAAUUUCCCCACUCAGUUUUUGGCCGUGAGAUGCUCGAGUUGCUCCUUGACUUCAUGGAUUCCGACUGAGCCGUGGGGGCCACGCCGGGCCUGGGUGCUGCUGGUGGCCGGGACACGUCUCCAGGAGGAGGAAAUGUCUGCUUUUGGCUCCUGCCGUUGUUUGGGGUGGUUCCAGCCGUGCGGGUGUCUCAGGGACGGGGUGGGAUGGGGAAACAGUUUGUCUGGCGUUUGUGGGUGCACAGGGGGAGACUCAGGGCACAGCCCCAUGCUCAUGCCAUCACCCCCUCAGUGGUGCCCACUCCGCGCCCGUGGGAGCCCCACGGGUGGGAUGGGCUGGGUGCUGGGAGGCAAAGGGGGGGUCUGACAUCCACGGGCCGGGCAGCAGGGGGGCACCGUUUUAAACUCCUUUUAGCCAAAUCCGGGGAUAGCGAAAUAAAACGGGUUGAGUAA